GGCUGUUAUAAUCAGGGGUGUGCCUGAGAAAAUCCAUUAUUGGCUUAGUUCCUUCUAUUACAAAGUUUUGUACUGCAACUUGUAGCUUUGGAUGAUUUGACGAAAUUCAGUUGCUAGGACAUGUUGUGGAUCCUUUUUGCAGCUUUAUUCGGCACUUCUGCUGCCACUUUGGGAUUUGAUACUAUACAGAAUUUAACCGUAAACGAGUUCCUUUGCUUGAAGGAUUAUAAUUACUCCUUCUACGUCGCUAGAAUUUGGCAGAGUUUGGGAAAGUUCGAUGAGCAUGGUAUGCAAAACAUGAGGAAUGCUCACGAAGCUGGCUUCAACGUCAGCGCCUACAUUUUUCCUUGUUUGGCAAAAAAAUGUGCAUCUCCGCAAGAACAGGUUGAGACCACCAUAAACCGUCUGAAAUCCUACAAUGUUCAUUAUGAAAGGAUAUUUCUGGACAUAGAGAUAUUCGAUUGGCCAAAUGAUAUCAAAGCUAACCGGAAAUUUAUCAAUGCUAUGUGUAAUAAAUUGGAUGAAAUGGGUGUUAAGUGGGGAAUCUAUACAAAUGAAAACAACUGGAACAAAAUUGUUGGCAAAAAGUUCAAUAAAUGGAAGCACAAAAAACUUUGGUGGGCCUAUUGGGGAGCGAACAAUGGAACACUAAAAAGCAACUUCAAAUCAUUUGGGGGAUGGAAAGAUUUUUACAUGCAACAGUAUGCUGGAGAUUUCAAAGGACCAUGCAGAUAUGAUCACAAGCACAAUCUGUCAAGAGCACGAAUAACACUCGAUCGCGUCAACGUGAAAAACUUCACAAAGGAAAGAUACAGAGUCGCACUGACGUUUAGCAAGGGAAUGUACAUCAUUAAAGUCCUUUCCGGAAACUGA